AAUAAACCUAUUCAAAUUAAAAAAAAUUGAAGUAAAUCUCAAGAGAAAGUAGGUUUAAUAAAGUUGAUGAAAUGAAAGGGAAGACCAUUAGUUUUGAGGGUGAAUUUUUAAAAAGAAAACAUUAAUAAGAUAUUAAAGAGGAGAAAGUAGUUGAGUGACCUAAAUUUGUUACUUCUAAAGGAAAAAUAAAAAAAGUUGAGGUAGAUGAUAUAUUUGGAGGUAGAAAUAAAGAAAUUUUUAAUAAGGAAGGUGUAUUUUCUAUUUUAAUUCUCAGUUAAUCAAAUUAAAGCAGAGGAUAAGAAAGAUAAAAAAUUUUAAAAGAACAAUACGAAGUUUUAUAAAAAGAUCAAGAUGAAAACAUGGACAGAAGUUAAUAGAACAUGCUUAAAGAUGAUAAAACUAAUGAACAGAUUGUAUUAUAUAGAAAAGAUUUAAGAAGAAAAUAAGGAGAAGAGUAUUGAUUUUUUAUCGUAAUUAAUAUUUUUAAUUAAAAAAAUGAAAAUAAUAUAGAGCACUAAUUCUUUCUACUAAUUUUCAAAGGAAUAUUAAACCUAUUUUAAAGAUAAAUCCAUAGAAUAAAUUGAAAAACCUUAAAAUCCAGUUGCUUUAAUGAAUUCUUUCUUACGUAAUUCUUCCUUUGCAAAAAAAAGUGCAUAACCUUUAGAUUGGCCUUCUGAUUUAGAUUUAUCCAAUAUUAGAGAAGAAUAUUUCAUUAUUAAUCCUAAUGAGAGAUUUUAAAGAGAAUGGAAUGAGAAGAAGAUAUUUUUCAAAAAUAGAUAAAGUCCCUUACGAACGGAAUCAUUUAACAGAUUUAGAGAGAAUAUUCGUUCUUUUAGUAAAACCUACAAAAUUUAGAAAGACAAUCUUUAGUAUGAUUAAAUAGGGGCUGUCCCUAGUUAAAGAAAACAAGAAUUAUAAACAAUAGUUUAGGCAUAAAAAUAAUAUAAAGAUAAAAAAGAAUAAUUUCAUUUUUUAAAUAAGCAACAUCGUUUGAUCGAAAAUCUCCAUCAUGAUGAUAUAAUAUAAAAAUCAAUUAUCGAAAGUACAUAAAGUAGCUUAAAUAGACUAUUAGAUUAAUGAUAAUAAAAAUGAAACUAAUUAUUAAGAGAAUCGAAUAAUAGUAAAAAUGAAUUCAGAUAAUGAAAUAAAUGGAGAUUGGGCAAGAAAACGAAAGUCUCCAGUAAAUAAAUUAGAUACGUUUCAUAGAGUGAUUUCUCAAGAGGAUAAUGAGAAAAGUAAAUUAGGUAAGGCAAAACCUAAUAGAGUUAAGCAAUUUGAACGGAAAGGUAGAGAAUAUAAUAUUGUUAAUUUUGCAUGUAAUUGA